GACUCAGUAGACAGCCAUAUUGGAAAAUAGAUUCAAUAGCAGGGUGUGAUAUAAAUGAAGAUUACUUAGACGAUACGUGUUUUUCACAGCCUGCUGGCUUAUAAAUGCAACAAUGAAUUGGGGAACAGAGUUAUGGGAUCAGUAUGACAUCAUAGCAGACCAUACUCAGAAGGGCAUAGACUUUUGUGAGAAGUACCAACACUUUCUUAAAGAGAGAUGUUCUAUAGAAUUUGAAUAUGCCAAUAAACUCAAAAAAUUAGUCAAGAAUUAUCAGCCAAGGAAGAAGGAUGAAGAUGAGUAUCAGUACACGUGGGCGAAUGGGUUUCUGGACAUGAUCAAGGAACUACACGAUCUGGCUGGACAGCAUGAAGUCAUCGCAGAAAACACACAGAGCUCUGUCAUCAAGGAGCUGCAAUCCCUUGUUGCUGAACUCAAGGCCGACCGUAAAAAGUAUUUAUUAGAUGGAUCCAAAGUACAGGACCAGUUGAAAGUAUCAAAGGGACAGCUAGAAAAGAGUAGAAGACAGUAUGAAAAAUCCUUUAAAGAGUCAGAAAAAGCACUGGAAGCUUACCGCAAGGCUGACGCUGAUAUCAACUUAUCUAGAGCCGAGGUUGAAAAGCAAGCGAAAUAUAAACAGUAUCUUGAGGCGCAUAGGAACCAAAUGAUGUUGAAAGGUCAACAGUGUGAGAAGUGUAAAAAUGAUUACGCUUCUCAACUGCAGCAGACCAACACUCAACAACGAGACCACUUCACGGCAUUGAUGCCACAAGUCUUUCAGCAAUUGCAGACUAUGGAUGAGAACCGUAUCAAUCGACAAAAAGAGUUUUUUAAGCAGUGUGCGAACAUAGAGCGUAAUGUGGUACCGAUCAUCAAUACAUGUAUAGAUGGCAUGGAGAAAGCUGCAGGUUCUAUUGAUGCUAAACAAGAUUCCAAACUUGUGGUGGAUAAGUACAAGUCUGGCUUCCCCGUGCCAGAGGACAUUCCGUUCGAUGAUCUGAGUAGCAGUCCCUUCCCAGAGUCUAACAGUAACCAUCACAAUACACCCGUCGGUACCACCUCCAAGUCCAACACCUUCUCGGGACGCAGUAAAACCAAACCAAAGCGUGGAGGAAUCAUGAACCUAUUUAGCGGCUCAAAGACGUCAGUAAACAAAACUGAUGAAUCCAAGGAAGACUUUAGUGAUUUACCACCAAACCAGAGAAGAAAAGCCCUGCUGAAGAAAAUUGAUGGCUUCAAAAAAGAUAUAGCACGUGAAACUGCAGAGAGGGAGGGUAUGCUGAAGAUGAAGGAGGUCUAUGCUAAGAAUCCAGCCCUGGGCGACCCUCACAGCUUGGACAAAAAGAUUGAAGAAAAUGCACAGAAACUAGACAGUCUGAAUUCAGAGCUUAGGAAAUUUCAAAAUUUCCUGGCCGACGCGGAAGGAAAGCAGCGCAAUAGCGGUUCAGACGACUCAAUAUCUCACAGCACGUCGGAGGGCAGUGUCCAGAACUCCAACGUGGUGUCGGCGCCGGGUACACCACAGGCCCAACAUGCUGUCUACGAGGUUUACGACCCGCACAUCAGUGAUGAUGAGUUUGAUGAUUACCCCGUCCCUCCCAGCUCCAUCCCAGAUGAGGACAUGAUGCCAGAGCCUAUAGAACAAGAGCAAGUGGAGCCUAUAGAAACCGAGGAGUUUGAGGAGGAGGCGUUCCAGGUGAUCGGGACCUGUCGGGCCGUGUACAGGUUUGAUGCUGAUAACGGGAGCUCUGUGUCUAUGGAGGAAGGUGAGGAGAUGGCAGUGAUAGAACAAGACCAGGGUGAUGGCUGGACUCGCGUCCGAAGGAAGGACGACUCUGAAGGAUUCGUACCCACUUCAUAUAUACAGUGUCACUUCUAUGACCAGGAUGAGGUUUGAGGCCGUAAUAGAAGUCGUGUGACAGUCAACGGGAGGUGGAGUCAAGUAAUAUUCGGUCCUGGGCAAGAGAAAUUACUUUGUAGCAUCGCUGUCAAAACCAUCUUUGGCUUUGUAUUUUGUAUAAAGCACUAUAUAUACAUGGAUACUGAGCUGGGAACCAUGAGUGUAACACGUACUAUUUUGAUCCUAGUCUGCUCAGAAAUAUCAAGACUGUUAUGGCCUGUCAUAGACUUUAGUCUUCGACUAGCGGAUGUUGACCUUUGACCCAGUGUUAUGUGGAUAUUAUUGGUUUAUGGCCUUAGUGACCGAAAAGACGGUUAUGAUCAGUGAACCGGCACCGAGGGUGGAGACAACAAGUUUAUUUUAGGCGGCCUGAAACGGAAAGGGUCAGUAAUAUUUUGUCACUGAAAUGAUCAGUGAAACCAAUACCAAAGGGACAUAACCAUUGGUACUACUAACACAUGAAACAUUUUUUUGCCAAACCUAAUAGUAUAUAAUUCUGUACUAUUGUGGGUUAUAUAGCUGCCAGCUUUCGAUGUGUGUUCAUGUGUCGACUGAGGGAAAAGGAUUUCUCCAGGUUACUCAAUACCAUAUAGUCCUGUGCAUUUGAUGUGUAUUGAAUUAAAUGUUCAGUCAUUGCAAUUGCUGAUUCUUCAAAAUGGAUGAAAUAUCACGAAAUCAUCAGAGCGGACGGAAGAUUGCAGAAUAUUCAGGAUGGAUGAAAGACUACCAUGUAGCCAGUAUGGAUGAGAAUUGAACUUGAUCAAACAGACAUUGAAACUUUUAUAUUUUGUUCUCACAAUUUUCAUUUGAUGAGAUGUUUCAUCGAGAGAGAUCUGUACUAAAGGAAUACACCUUGGACCAUUGAUUCUGGUCAAUAUUUCCCCCCCAGAUAUGUUGAGUUUAACUCGCAGCAAGAUUAAUUCUGUUUUAAAAAACUUGUGGUGUACUGCUUAGCUAGAUAUGGGUGUAUGAUAAAAAUUAUAUCCAUCUAGUUAUAUCACAAUUAGUUAAAGUCAAACUUGGGUAAUGCUCAGGAUAACAUUAUAUACCAAAACAUGCAGAUUACUUAUAUAUAUAAUCAGGUUAUACUGUAGAAUUAUUGAUGGAAAAGAACAUUUCCUUAUAUUUUAGAAGGAAUUUUCUAAAGGCAUAAUUAUUUGUAAUGGCAGAAAAAAUAUUACAAAAAUAUUUGUCUGUAACCCUGAACUUAGAAAGAUCUUUUCUUUACCAGUUGUUGAGAAUAAUUGGGAAAAUCAUCUUCCUUUUAGUCUGCUACUGGUAUUUGAGAUAGAUACUGGUAUGUGACUUAUGUUGAGUUUAAUGAUAUUCUUGUUUUCUGGUACAAAGGUUUGGUUAUCCUAACAUCAUUUACACAGAGAAGAUUGUCCAAACCAGAUUUUGAUCUAGCUAUAUGGUGAAAUUUUGUAUGCGUUUAAAAUUACGUGUGAUUAUUUUUAUUUAAUGACUUGUCCAGAGAAAAUUAAACAUGAAAUACAUUUGAGAGGAAUGUUAAAUCUAUAGAAAAUUUCCAUUGGGACGAUGUUGUGACUACACUUCUGGUCUGUAUAGGGGAGUUAUCUCCCCUGGAUAGAUACUGAUCAUUGUAUGGUCAUCUCCACAUAAACUAUUAACUCCACAAGCUAGGAUUCCCACAUGGUUAAUGUAUUUCUACAGUUUCAUUCUAUUCAUUGACUUUUACCAUUUGAUAAGUAUAAAUUAUGUUACAAUUUUAUCAUGUUUAAUGAUUUAAUAAUUUUUAGUCCACAUUUUAGUUGGAUUUUCUUCUUUUUCAAAAACCUGCAACAAAAGUCUUCCCCUUAUAUUACAUGAUUUCAAAAAAUGACAAGCAUUUAAAGUUAUGUGAUUUAAGUGAUGAAAUUUGAAAUUGGAUGGAGUUGUAUCAAGCUUCAUCAGCCUUACAAUAUCAAGAUAUUUUGAUAAAACAAUCAUCUGGAUAUAUAUGGUGCUGAUUUUUAAAUUAUCACAUUCAAAUAGUAAACUCCAUUCAAUGAAUAUUUUGGGUGUUUUAUCAUAAAACAAAAUAAUAAAAAAGACAUUUUAUGUCAACAUUGAUUCAAUAGAGCACAUGACAAAUUGUUCUGAUAUUUAAAUUUGUUUGUUAAUCAUAUAAAAGGAGUUUUGUGGAUGAUUAUUUCAAUUUAUCACUAUUUAAAAUGUGAAUCAAACACGGGGCUAUUAGAAUUCAUUAAUAUCAAAAUGUGAAUCGUACACAGGGACUAAUUACAAUUCAUUGAUAUUGAAAUGUGAGUCACACACAGGGACUUCAGGAUAAUUAUUACAAUUUAUUAAUAUUGAAAUGUGAAUCUUACAGUAUUACAAUCAUAUACAACAUUUAAUUGUAAAUUUCAUAUACUGAAAAUAUUUAUUACACAAUCACACCAAUCAGUUUAAAAAUAAUUAUGUAAAUAUCACUUGUAAACAAGGUACAAAUGCCUGAAAACAAAUUAGUGAUAUGUAUAGGAGCUUCUAGGAUCCAGGAUGUAUAUGGUUUCGAAUUCACUGGGAACUCUUUAGUUAAACAUUUAUAUGCCUCUGUAUGUCUGGAUAGAGUUGUUUGUCAGUCUAAUUAAAAUCAUGUUUCUCAGGUCACUUUCUUUGAAACAUGUUACAUAUGAUAAAGCAUAGAAAAUGAGAUGAAAAGGGAGAUAAGGUUUUAAUUAGAUUCGGCUGUAAUGCUUCCAUCAGUUAUACAUUUGUGAUUUACUAACAUUUUACAACAUUUUAAAUCUAUAGUAAGAGGUUAAUAUGAUAAAAUAUAUAUACUUUUGGAGGACUCAAGAAAAAUAGAAAUUCUUUGCAUGGAGGCCAGGUUGCUUAGGAUAUGGGGUUAUCGUGUGGUACAGUUUAAAUUAAUUUACUUCUUUUGAUGGCCCCUGUUUGGCAAACCUGGAGUUCCUCUGUAAUGUAGAUAUUUUUCAUGAAAAGUCCUUACUUCAUGCAUUUUACAAUCACUAAAAGUUAUUGUCAGUCAGAAUCACAAUUGAGGCUCAAACUGUCCAGCCAUGUCCUUUUAAUGUUCUAAUUAAUCCGCACUGCUUUGGUGAGCAAGCGUUAGUGGUGAUAUUCACUAGUGUAAAUAGUUCAGUUUUAAAUUAAUGUAACACAUUAUUUGAAAACUUGCACACAAUCUGACAUGAAAUAUAUAGAUCACCUAUUUAUCGCGUAACUAAUCCAUUGUGAGAGGUUUCUGAACCAGCUACCACUCCUUAUAGCCAGCUGUAUAUUGUCCAUUGUAUUUUGAGAUUUUUGUUGAAUGUCACAAUAUGUAUAUAUGUUCCUCACCUGGACCUCAACUCUACUAUCAGCUCUGAGAGUCGGUUAACUCUACUAUCAGCUCUGAGAGUCGGUUAACUCUACUAUCAGCUCUGAGAGUCGGUUAACUCUACUAUCAGCUCUGAGAGUCGGUUAACUCUACUAUCAGCUCUGAGAGUCGGUUAACUCUACUAUCAGCUCUGAGAGUCGGUUAACUCUACUAUCGGCUCUGAGAGUCGGAGCUGUUUGUACCUAGAUACAGACUGGACUUGUACAUUGUGUAUUGACAUGUUGUAGAUGCUGUGGUUCUUAUUUUAAGUGAUUUUUAUCAUUUUCUCCUUAUAUAACAUAAUCUAGUGGAUAUCAUCAUAAUUAAGAUAUGAAAAUUUUGUAAAUCAAAUUGUCGGGGCAAAAAGCAUUAAAGUACGUAAAAAGUCAUCAUCUAUUUCUACUACCAUCCCCCAAUUACAGGUGUGUUAUUAUGUGGUUACAUCGGACAUGUUUCUUAAAUUUUAUCACUAACAAUUUUUGUUUUAUUUUGCAAAUGUUCCACUUCAGGAAUGCCUGUCAGAAUGCGGUCUUCGUAUUGACAUACUAAUUUUAGAUCAAAUUUCUGCUUUAUAAACCAGUGUUUUAUAUAGCAUUAUUCGUAAGGCAAACCCUCACUUUUCAUUAUUAUGUAGAUUUGAUACAUUUACGAGGUAGACUUCACAUACUAGGCAGUUUCAUCAACCAAAAAUUCUUUUUAAUUGCUAUUUUGGAUUUGAUAAAUCAAUUGAUGACUUCUGAAAUCAAUGACAAAAGUUAUAUAAUUUUUGAAUUUGUUAAAGGGAACCAAAGAAAUAAAUCCUAAUCAAUUAAGUGAUUUAUUCCACUACACAAGUAAUGAAUGUCAGCUGUGGUUUCUGACAUAUGCUGUAUAAUUGACAUGGCUUGAUUUCCUGGAUUAAACCUCAUUACUGGCAACACAAUAUAAAUCAAAUGCCUCGCAGUGACUUGGCCCAAAUCCCUCGCAGUGACUUGGCCCAAAUCCCCUAACCGAUAUUAUACAAUCCUUAUUAUAUGAAUAUGGGCUGUGGGUGGGACAUUGGUCAAGACCCUGUGUAAUGGAUGAUUGGUGGUCGUUUGAAGAGCAGUUUAGAUUUUGUUUUAGAAAUCUAUCAUACUGAUGAAUUACAUGAUGAGAGUGGGAAAAGUGCCUUUAGAGGUUUUCAAUGGAUGUUUGUAGCUUAGAGUAAGAUAUGGCCCUUACUUCUCAGUCAGUUGGGGCCCUUCUCAUCAAACAUGGCCCUUGCUUCUCAUCAGUCAGAUAGGGCUCUCAUCCAUCAAAUGUGGGAUCAGUCAAAUAUAGUCCUUUCAUUCCAUCAAACGUACCCUUUCCUUUCAUCCAAUAUAUCAACACCAAUAGCAUAUGACCCUCAAUUGUAAAAUUUGCCCCUCCUCAUCAGUCGUGCAAUAAUUUUAUACAUUCAUAAGCAACUAUUCCUCAACAUGUAGAUAAUGUAGAAUCUUUAUAUAGAUGUAGAUAUCAUAACUAAUGACUUUCUCUUCCUGUAGUGGAGACUGCUAAUCUUCAACCGAUUUCAGACUAUUGGUAUACAAGGCUAUGUUAUAAUCUAGUAGUACUGAUUUUCAGGACUUAAUAUUAAAAAUAAAUCAAUCAAUAAAUGGUGAAAUAUUUUCAUAAUGGUCGUGUAUUCUUUCAUAAACAAGUAAUUAUAUAAUACACAAUUAUUUUUUUUGUCAUUCUUGAAAAAUUCAGAUUCCAGACAGCAUGGGGUGAAUCGAAGCCAAGAACAAAUUGAAGUAUUAUGUAUUCACAGUUAUUGGAAAAUUGAUUUUAAAACUGUACUACACAAAUCAAAAUGUUCUAGUUACAUACAGACAGUACAUAUUUUUAUGUAAUUAAUGAUAUUUUAAUCUAGAUACCUGGUUUACAAGUUAUUAUUGAUCUUGAGAUAAGUAAUAGGCGGACACUACUAGCCAUUACUAGUGUUAUUUAGCAGGAGACGAUUAUGUAAAAUAUAGAAGUGGAGGACUAAUUAUAACAGUGUAAGUCGUUAACAUAGAACCAUUAAGGCUGGGUUGCCGUUGUCCCCACACUAAAACAUAUUAUUCAGAGUUAAACAUAGCAAUGUCUCUUAGAAAGCAAGUUAAUAAUUAUGAGUUAAACAGGGAAUCUGGCCAGUAUAGUUUUCUAAUACAUGUAGUAUGUUAUCCAAAGAAUUUCCUGGUAUUAAACAGUUGACCUCUUGAGACGCCUCUACUCCCUAAGGUAUUCAUUAGCCUGUUUUAAGGCCCUUUAAUUUUGAAUUUCAUCUGGUCAAGGUCAGGUGUUAACUGCAUUUCAGCCAUGAAUCAGUUGUAAAUGGAGAACGUUUGGAACUUGAUAAUAUAGCAAGUCGUUUUAACUCGGAAAUGUGUUGGGAGUGUAGAGGCCCAGGAUAAUAUAGCAAGUUGUUUUAACUAGGAAAUGUAUUGGAAGUAUCGGGGCCCAGGAACAGGCUUAGGUGUACAUGUCCUUUAUACAUGAUCUUAUGCUAUUUAUUCUACUUUUAGUUCGGAUAAUUGAUGGAUAUUUUUAUCUGUUUUAUGAUUAGUAGACAAACGUUUGAAAGGCUCAGCUAAUUGAUUAUUGGGUUUGAGUCCUGUGUAAGUCGUGUUAGUACACAGAAGUUCUAGAGUACUCUCAGGAUGUAAGUGUAAAAAAAUGUCUCAAAUACCAUCACGUUAACCAACAGUUUUUUCGUAUACACACUUCAUAAUUUUUUGUACCAAUUUCUGUAAGAGUCGGUCCUGAUGCAUCGCUGUACAACUUAUAGAUUUAAACUUUUAUUAUAUACUACGAGAACAGCACUGGGAAAAUUCAUUCAAUGUUUUUUCCCAAAAUCAACCGUAGAUUGUGAAGUAUCCAAAAGUCAUUGAUGGCAAAUGACAUUGGAUAAGAAAAACUUGCUGGAAGAUUUAAACAACCAGAUUAAAUGCAUUUGGAGAUUGAUAAUUUAUUAUGACAUUUCCAAACAAUAUCAUGAAUGGCAGACCGAAGCAUGACAUCAGGAUAGACUUUGAAUUCCUCAAGGUAGUCUUGGUACAUGAAUUCCCUAGUACAUUAAUGAACUUGAAUCCUUUUGAGAAACUUUCCUCAUUAUUUUCUGUAGGUUAUACAUAUAAUCAUUCGUUUUAAUGACUUUAUGUGAUUAUGUACAUGUUGUAAAUUUGUGUACAUUUUUUACCAGAAUGUAGAUUACGGGGUAGUCUACCGUAUACGAUUAGUGUAUAGUGCUUUUUGUAAUGCCAGCAUGGUAGUAUAUACCUAGUAUAUAAUAUAUAUAUAUAUAUCUAUAUAUACAUUAACGUGUAGUCGAGAAAGUAGACCUACUAGAGAAUGCAAUAUAUUAUUCUAUUAUGCUCAUUUUCAAUAGCUGGUACUCUCAUGUGAUUUAUCAAUCCUUUUUUUGUUAACACAUCACCAACAAAUCUGUCGAUGUCGACGACACAAUUUAGUCAUGUGAUUUUAUAUGUUUGUUUUAUUGAUUUACUUUGCUGGAAUGUUUGAUUGAGCUUGUUUUGAUGUUAAGUCUGAGUGUGGAGUCUACCAGAGUCAGUGAAGUGAGGAUUUAUAACUCUUGUCAGUGAGUGACAUUCACUUAGACUUGAUUACGGGACCUGUAGGUAUCUAUAGGAUGUGGAGUCGAUGUCAGUAAGGAAUGUCAAUUCUGGUGAACUAGUGAGUGACAUUAACUUACACUUGAUUACGGGACCUGUAGGUACCUAUAGGCUGUGGAGUCGAUGUCAGUAAGGAAUGUCGACUCCGGUGAACUAGUGAGUGACAUUAACUUACACUUGAUUACGGGACCUGUAGGUAUCUAUAGGCUGUGGAGUCGAUGUCAGUAAGGAAUGUCAAUUCUGGUGAACUAGUGAGUGACAUUCACUUACACUUGAUUACAGGACCUGUAGGUACCAGCUGCUAGCUAACUUCUGAUUUUGUUCAAACAGAACCGUCGGGAGUAUUAUGCUCUGAUAAACAGUUUAAUUUUGAAGUCAAAGUAAAAAAAACCUUUAGACUAUGUCAUAGACAAAACUUAUUAAAUUAUUCCACAACAUUUUGAGAGAAAGAGCACUGCGAUCAAACAGUAAUAUUGUUCCUACAGACUUAAAAAACAUGUGGAUUGAAGUGUUGAAGAGAUCAAUCAGGAAACGAACGUUAUGCAUAGAAACCUCAAAUGGAAAAUGAAGCGGGGUCAGUUCUUCACUCAGAUGUAAUAUUGACAAUCUUGAUUGUUAGUAACAGGUACCUGGAUUCACAGCCUAAGUGAUAUGUGAUUGUGAUAUUAUGUGCAACUUUGUGGAGGAAUUUUCCACCACAGUGUAUAGGUGAUAUAUUGAUUAGUUAAGAGUGGAGAGAGAAAAUGUUCUAUCAUUAUUGUUUCUGUGUGAGAGCUGUGAGUGACAUAUUUACUGUCCUGUUUCUGUGUGAGAGCUGUGAGCGAUAUAUUCGCUGUCCUGUUUCUGUGUGAGAACGGUGAGUGACAUAUUCACUGUCCUUUUUCUGUGUGAGAGCUGUGAGUGACAUAUUCACUGUCCUGUUUCUGUGUGAGAGUGGUGAGUUAAAUACUCACUGUCUUGUUUCUGUGUGAGAGUGGUGAGUGACAUAUUCACUGUCCUGUUUCUGUGUGAGAGCUGUGAGUGACAUUCACUGUCUUGUUUCUGUGUGAGAGCUGUGAGUGUCAUAUUCACUGUCCUGUUUCUGUGAGAGUGGUGAGUGACAUAUUCACUGUCCUGUUUCUGUGUGAGAGCUGUGAGCGACAUAUUCACAGUCCUGUUUCUGUGUGAGAGCUGUGAGUGACAUAUUUACUGUCCUGUUUUUUUUUGUGAGAGCUGUAAGCGAUAUAUUCGCUGUCCUGUCAGCAUUUUGAUAUUCUAUUCAUUAACACGUACUUAAUGUAUGAUCGUUGCCUAUUUAAAAUCUGUGUAUUUUUAACGUGUAAAUUUGGUGAUUGUGGCGAUGUUGGACGUUCAGUUAUUAUACAGCCUACAUUCGUUUUACCAGAAUAACCCUUCGUGUACCGUGUAGUAUCAUGCAUUGUGAACGCUUUCCAUGUGAUUGUGUCUCUUCUUGUGAUAUCAUCUAGCCUGUCGCUCUGACUCAACUAUAAUAUGUUAAUAAGAUGAUUAUAUCCAGCUGAACAUUAAAAAAGACAUCAGUUCUAGAGGAAAAGUAAUACAUUGUGUAACAUUUGUUCAUAUAUUAUAUAUACUCAUCAGUUAAUCCAGGAAAAAUGAUGAGAGGCGGGACGCGCUGCCUUUAAUAUGUAACGCUGAUCGUGAACAUGAAUAGAUAUAUCAUUAUAUACAAGAUGAAAGCUGAAGAUAAGUUGUUCACAUUUAUAAUGUGAACAACAUCCUAUUUAGUCUGGUAACUCUUACUCGGCCAUUCUAAGUACAAAAUAGUAUAUUUACUGAGAUGUUGGUCAGUGGCGUUGAUUGUGUUCACAAUAAUAUCACUAAAUCAGUGUUGGGUUUAUAUUCCUAAACCGACAACAUUUCUAGUAAUUGACGUAAGGUGUUACUCCAACCGUGUCUGACCGGCUACACGUGUGUCCACUCCAUUGUCAGUAGCCAACAUCUGGUUUGUAGUCAGCGACGAGUUUAUUCCUUACAUUGUUGGAAGCAAACAAAUGUUUGUUGCCAGUGUUGAUCGGCAUUGAAGUGUGUUCACUUUAUUGAUGGUAGCCAGCGCUUAAUGUGUUAACCUCAAAGCAAGUCAGCAAUGCUGGAUUUGUUCACUUCAUUGUUGGAAGCCAGCGAUAAAUUUGAUCACCGCAAUGCUACUCGAUCAGCAAUGCUGAAUUUCUUCGUUUUAUUCCUGGUACUUGUAGCUUGCUCUGAAUUUGUUCACUGCAAUGCUACUCAGCAAUACUGAAUUUCUUCACUUUAUUGCUGAUAGCUUGUUCUGAAUUUGUUCACUACAAGACUAAUCAGCGAUGCUGAAUAUGUUCACCCCAUUGCCGGGAGCCAGCGCUAAAUUUGUUUACUACGAUCAGCCAUGUUUGUUCCACCAAUGUCUAGGGUUGGCUUACCACCCCUUUGCUAUUGGAGCGCGAUGCUUAUGUCUUUGAAAUACUAUUAAUGGGGUCGUGCCAAACAGACAUAAAUUCUUGUAUUUAUUUCAUAACAUUUACAUUACAUGCCCUUAUUAAACUCCGACUUUGCAAUGCAAAUGGUACAGUUUGAAUGUAAAGAUAAUAAAAGUCAUUCUGCUAUA